UUCUGAGAGUAGUCGUGACCAGCAACAGACACGGAUGUAUCGCUCAUCCCUAGAAAUUUCGUACAAUGCUUAUCGAUAAGCGAUAAAGUAUACACAUAAAAAAUUAAAUUGCAGCACCAGCACCAACGCACAUAUUUAUUGUUCGAAGUGCGAGGAGUGCCAAAAACAAAGAGCGAAGCGACGAGCGUGAGUGCGACUAAACACUUUGGAGCAGAUACAGACAGACCGGAACCAGAGCCAGCCACGGGCCGCAGCAACAAGGGAGUCGCAGCAGCAGCAGCACAGGGCAAGGAACUGAGCAGCAGCAGCAGCUAGAACAACGUCGACGACUACACAAUGAACACACUGACCCCCAGCACAAACGGAGCAGCCAGCGGUGGCUCCACAACGGCCAUAUCCACGACAGGCAACGGCAACGGCAAUGGCAGCGGCUCCAGCACAAAUGUCACAGCGGCCGGCACUGCCGUCGAUGGCGGCGGGGGCGGUGGCCUCGACGAGGCUGGCGGCGAUGCCAGCUCACGGCGGCAGGCGACUCGUGUUUUCAAGAAGAGUUCGUCCAAUGGCAAAAUCACCGUGUAUCUGGGCAAACGGGACUUUGUCGACCAUGUGACGCACGUAGAUCCCAUAGAUGGGGUGGUCUUCAUCGAUCCCGAGUAUGUCAAGGAUCGCAAGGUGUUUGGCCAGGUGCUGGCCGCCUUUCGCUAUGGUCGCGAGGACCUGGACGUACUGGGUCUGACAUUCCGCAAGGACCUGUAUUUAGCGCAUGAGCAAAUCUUCCCACCCAUGCAACUGGAACGCCCGAUGACCCGUCUUCAGGAGCGGCUGAUUAAAAAGCUGGGCCCCAAUGCACAUCCGUUCUACUUUGAAGUGCCACCCUACUGCCCCGCCUCGGUGUCCUUGCAGCCGGCCCCCGGAGAUGUGGGCAAGUCUUGUGGUGUGGAUUACGAGCUGAAAGCAUUUGUGGGUGAGCACGUCGAGGACAAGCCACACAAACGGAACUCGGUGCGGCUAACCAUACGGAAGGUCAUGUAUGCCCCGUCCAAGGUCGGGGAGCAGCCAUCGAUUGAGGUGAGCAAGGAGUUCAUGAUGAAGCCGAAUAAGAUCCAUCUGGAGGCCAGCCUGGACAAGGAGCUGUACCAUCAUGGCGAGAAGAUAUCGAUCAAUGUGCAUGUGGCCAACAACUCCAAUCGAACGGUCAAGAAGAUCAAGGUCUGUGUGCGGCAAUUCGCGGACAUUUGCCUCUUCUCGACGGCCCAGUACAAGUCUGUUGUGGCCGAGAUCGAGUCGGAGGAUGGUUGCCAGGUGGCACCGGGCUUCACCCUGUCCAAGGUCUUUGAGCUGUGCCCUAUGCUGGCCAACAACAAGGACAAAUGGGGACUGGCCCUGGACGGACAGCUGAAGCACGAGGACACAAAUUUGGCGUCCAGUACGCUGAUCACCAAUCCCGCCCAGCGCGAGAGUCUCGGCAUAAUGGUGCACUACAAGGUCAAGGUUAAGCUGCUAAUCAGCUCGCCGCUGCUGAACGGCGACUUGGUUGCCGAGCUGCCGUUCACGCUAAUGCACCCCAAGCCCGAGGAGGAGGAGCCCCCGCUGCUGGGCGAGAGAUCGCCGCGGGCCAGCCUGGCGGCGCCGCUGCUCACCUUGGGCGACGCGAAUGAGGACGGGGCAUCGGGUUCAGGUGGCGACCAGGGACAACAGGAUGUGCCCACCACCACCAAUCUGAUCCAGCUGGACGAUGAAGAGGCGCAGGACGAUGACAUCAUCUUCGAGGACUUUGCCCGCCUGCGUCUGAAGGGCGCCGAAACGGAGGCCUAAGUCGCUGAUGGCUGGUCUCCCGUCCCCCUAGAUUUUCGGUCGCAUUGUUGUCGAGCCCAGAGCUCUUGCAGUUCUUGAUCGGUCUCGAUCGGUCUUUAGAUAUAUGAUGAUAUAUGUUAUGACAUUGUGCACGCACAACAACACACUUCGAUUGUCCAACUUAUUGAAUACGGUCACCUUUCGGCAUUUUGUAUCAUAUAUGAGAAAUUCGCGCAGCCGCCUAAAUGUAAAGUUUUAUACAGUAGCCAAUAGCCACGGUAAAUAGUUUGGUGUAAGCUAAAGUAUUUGAUAUGUGUAGGCCAUACGUUCUAGUAUCUAUAGAGUUAAGCUGACAGUGUACGAAUUUUAAAAUGUGAAAUUGUUUAACAAAUACACAAACCAUACACAGACACACCCACACCCACUCCCACACAACGCAACGUAGCACAGCACAGCAAACCACACACGCGAACCAGAUACGCCAUGUAAUUUACAACCCAACACCCACGCCUGCAACAGUUGAAAGAAUGCACAAAAAUUAUAUUUAUUUAUCUUCGAACCACGAAAUCUGUUCACUUAUGCCCAACGAUUGACGAUUGAAAAACGCGCACACAAACCCCCGCAUGACCCCACCACGUUGUUGGACUUGUCGUAAUUGUGGCCCCAUCGGAGCACGGCAAUAUUUUAAAAGCUUUAAAUGCAGCUAAUUCGAACUAUGUUUUUCCUUAAAAAGAACAGCAGCAGCAGCAGAAUGAAACGCCCGAGCAUUAUACUUACAAUCAAUGCCUAAGUGUAAAGAAUAAUUUAAUGUAAAAAGGAAUGCAAAAGGAAUAAAAUGCAAGGAAACUUGUUAAAUGUACUUUGUUAAAAAUAGCAAAAGGUUAUGUAUGAUUUUCGAAAUUUGCGAAUCGAAUUUGGAACUUGGUAGCUGAAAAUUAAUUCAAAAUAACUCACAUGAGAUCAAUCAUCAGAAAUAUUUUUAUAGCGUUCAGACGGAUCGUAUGCACUGAAUCCUUUGGCACGAGUUCUGCUCCUAAUUGGCUAUGUCCGGAAUCGAAAUUGAGUAAACGAAAACGUAACGCAAAUUACUUUAGAAACACACACAAAUUGGAAUUGGUUCCACUAUAUAUAUUUUUAUGACGACCUUUUCAAUGAAAAGUAAAAAACGCAUAAGUUUAGAAGCUGUGAAAGCGAGAAAUGUAUGAAUUUGGUUCCUUUCAUUUAUGGGCGGCGCCUGCUACGAAUGAGUUAUAUGAUAUUAAAAAAUAAUUAAAAUUCUAGAUACGCUUAGGACAAACAAAAUUGAUAAAAAAAAUAUGAAAAUAACCUAAUUUAAGGCUUUUAAAUGCGAACAUUAGCUCGAAUUUGUUUUUAGACCGAAAGAAACAGCAGAAGCAAAACAAACCAUGAUAUACUAUGUAGAUAUCAUAUGAACAUAUUUUAAAGUGCAUUUUUAUAACG